AUGGUGCGCGUCCCUGGAUCUUCUGGUGACUCGGGAUUUCACCGUGAGUCCCUGAGCGAAGAUGAGAAGGUCAAGAUUGAACCUGAUAUGGAAGCGUAUGAGGAAGAGGGACGCCGCAGACGCAUUAAAGAGGAAAAUCGAGCGAUCGAUCUGGAAGAGAAACCUCGACACCCUCCUGAAGUCCCUUCGGGGACCACCGCGGAUCGUGCUGCAAGGCACAAUCCGCUGGGUGAAAACCCUUCAGCGAAAACUGAACAAAAACUAAACAAGACCACUCAAGCGAAGUCAAAGAAGAAGAUUGUGAAGACAGAUCGAGUGAAGAAAGAAGAGACACGAUCAGAUCGAACUGAUCGCGAAAUGAAAUCGAUCAUUCGACCAAUCAAGCUCAUUGAUGAUGACAUGAAGAUGGAAGGCUGGAAGUUAGACCAAUUGGCACAGGUAUAUCACUGGAAGGCACUCAAGAAUCUGCUAUCGAGCGAUCCAGUGCUGCAGAUAUUGAAGCCCAAGCUGAUCGGAGAAAUUCAAGGACCGAUUUCCCCGCCCGGUGGUGACGACAAAACCGUUGGACGGGAUCAAUGCGAUCAUUCAGCUACUACGUGA